GGAGUUGGGUGCAAGUCAGGAGGUGGAGACAGAGCCUCAGCCUUUCCAAAGAUGGCCUGGAGACAGCUGUUUCUGAUCUGUCUUGCAGCCAUUGCACUUCUGUCCACGCUGCGGGAGGGGGCCGCCGUGUCAGUGGGUGUGAGGCAGGUGGCAGGACAAGAGGCACAAGAAGACGUGGAAGAGAUUUUCAUGCAGGAAUCAGAUGCCUUGAAUUUCCUCAAGAAGCGCAGCAAGCGGUCCCUUAGACCCCAAGACGAGGUCAAUGUGGAGAACAGGCAGAAGCUGCGGGCAGACGAGCUGUGGAGAGAGUAUCAUGAAGAGCAAAGGAACGAGUUUGAGAACUUCGUGGAGGAGCAAAACGACGAACAGGAAGAGAGAAGCCGGGAGGCCAUUGAGCAGUGGCGCCAAUGGCAUUACGACGGCCUAUACCCAUCCUAUCUCUACAACCGCCACCACAUCUGACCUCAGUUUGAGGGACACAGAAGAUGGGAGACUGAGACACCCGCCCACCCCUGGUAUUCGGGCACCUCUCCCGCACACAAACAGGCCCCUUCACAGGGCCUCAGUCGCCUAGGGCCUUCUGUUCUCACGGAAGGAAAUGUCCAGGCUUGCGCUUCUUGGCAGAUGAUUUUCUGAGGCGAGCAAAGGCCUGUGGGGUCUCCUGGUGUCACUAGAGGUUCC